ACGAAGAGGAGGGAGGGAGACUGGAGUGAUGAGGAGCAGGGAGCAAUGGAGGGUAGAGAGAUGGGGAGGUGAUGAAGGCUUGAGAGUGAGGAGGAGGAAGGGAGGAAGGCUUGGAGGAAGGGAUGGAGAGUGGAGGGAUGAAGAGCAAGACAGGAAAGAUGGAGAGGUCAGGAGAAGGAAUGGUGACUGGAGAAGUGAGGAGGAGGAGGAGGAGGGAGAGAGGAAGGCCGGAGGGGUGAAGAGUAGGCUGGAAGAGGCUGAAGGGAUGAGGAGGAGAAAGACCGGAGGGACCAGGAGAAGGAAGGAGCCUGGAGUGCUGAGGAGGAGGAGGGAGGGAGGGAAGGAGGAAGGCUGGGGCCAGGUGAGCGCGUGGAGGGGGGUGACAGCCCAGGACGUGCUCCUGGUCCACUCGUGCCGCCAGUGGACGACGGUGACGGCCCACAGCCUGGAGGAGGGACACUACGUCAUCGGGCCCAAAAUCGACAUCCCGCUCCAGUACCCAGGGAAAUUCAAGCUGCUGGACCAGGACCGGGACGUGCGCGAGCCCGUGCAGUACUUCAACAGCGUGGAGGAGGUGGCCAGCAUCUUCCCAGACCGCAUCUUCGUCAUGGAGGCCAUCACCUUCAGCGUGAAGGUGGUGUCGGGGGAGUUCAGCGAGGACAGCGAGGUUUACAACUUCACGCUGAACGCGGGCGACGAGCUGACGCUGAUGGGGCAAGCGGAGAUCCUGUGCGCCAAGACGGUGAAGGAGAAGUCGCGUUUCAACACCCUCCUGCGCAAGCUGGGCAAGGCGGCGCCGGCGGCGGGGGCGCGGCAGGUGAAGGGCAAGAUGCCGUGUCUGAUCUGCAUGAACCACCGCACCAACGAGAGCCUGAGCCUGCCCUUCCAGUGCAAGGGCCGCUUCAGCACGCGCAGCCCGCUGGAGCUGCGGCUGCAGGAGGGCGAGCACACCAUCCGCAGCAUCAUCGAGAAGGUGCGGCUGCCCGUCAACGUGGCCGUGCCCAGCCGGCCCGCCCGCAACCCCUACGACCUGCACGCCAUCCGCGAGGGCCACUGCUACAAGCUGGUCAGCAUCAUCUCCAAGACGGUGGUGCUGUGCUGCAUCCUGCGCCGGGAGGAGCUGGUGCCCUUCCACUUCUUGCUGCUGACCGACAUGCCCCGCUUCCAGCUGCCCGAGGGGCUGCUGGCCGGGGACCCGCAGCUGGAGAAGCUGCUGCGGGACAGCGCCGCGUAUUGCCACGACCGCUUCAACCCCGACGAGUACUCGCGGGCCGUGCGAGAGGCCAAGCCGGACUUCCUGGAGGAAUGUGCGAGCCCGCGGCGCCUGCGGCUCUGCCUGCCCGCCUGCGCCCGCGAGGAGCUCAGCCAGCCCCUGCAGCGCCUCUCGCUCUGUGCCUGCGGCUCCGGGGGUCCCCGGGAGCCCCCCGCCCGCUGCCAGGGACCGCGGGGCCUCGGCGGGGGCACCCCGCGCCCGCCGCUGCCCGAUUUCCCCGACCCCGAGCGGGAGUACAUGACGCCCGACUGGGCCGAGCCCGAGUUCAGGACUCAGGAGCCGCUGGAGAUCCCCUACGAGGAGCUGUGGAGCAAUCCCAGCCCGGAGGGCUGCUGCGAGCUGGGCAGCAGCGGCGGCCGGCCCGACCUCGUGUCCUUCGGGGCUGUCACCCCGCUGGGCUCCCCGCACCGCCCCGGGGACGAGCCCCGCGGGGACACCCCGCCCCCUGUGCCACCCAAAUCGGAGGCGGUGAAGGAGGAGUGCCGGCUGCUGAACGCGCCCCCGGUGCCGCCCCGGGGCAGCCGCCCCCCGGCCCCCUGCAGCCCCCCGGCCCCCCUGCGCUGCCCGAAGCUGGCGCCAGCGCCUUCGCCCAGCCCCAGCCUCUCCUACUACUCCUCGGGGCUCCACGACGGGUCGGCCCCGCGGAGCGGCAGCGCCUCGCCCUCGCCCGACGCCUACUCGCUGUACUGCUACCCCUGCACCUGGGCCGACUGCAAGGCCGCCGAGCCCCCCGGGCGGCCGCUGCCCCCGGCCCAGCCCGCGCCCGGCUCCUGGUCCGACCCCUGGGCGUUCCCCGAGCCGGGCAGCGGCUGCUCCACGCCGCUGCUGGGGGCCGAGCCCCCGCUGAAGCCCUUCCGCAGCUGCCCCCGCCUCAAGCCCCCGCACCCCCAAAAGCGCUUUGCCCCCUUCGGGGCGCUCAACCCCUUCGCCGGCCCGGCGGAGUGGCCGGAGAGUCCCGAGUGGUCCAAAGCGCCUUCGGCCCCGGCCGCCCCCUCCUCCUCCUCCUCGCCGGAGCCCUUCGCCCCCGCCGAGGAGCCGGCGGCUCCCCCUCGACCCCCUAAGGGCUUGGACGGGGACGGCAUCGUCAUCCGGGGGGCGGCCCCGCUGUCCCCCGCCGUCCUGCGCGGGGCCGAGGGCGUCACCCGCCUGUACCUGGCCCAGGGGGUCAUCGAGGUGCCGCCGGCGGCGCGGGGCGAUGGGGCAGCCCCUCCGGCCGCCCCCCGGCCCAGCGGGGACGGCCCGGCCUGGCUGCCCCCCGCCGACCUGUCGGCGCUGUCGCUGGAGGAGGUGUCCAAGUGCCUGCGCUUCAUCGGCCUCUCCGAGGACGUCGUGAGCUUCUUCGCCCGCGAGAGAAUCGACGGCAGCAUCUUCGUGCAGCUCAGCGAGGAGAUCCUGGCCGACGACUUCCGCCUCACCAAGCUCCAGGUGAAGAAGAUCAUGCAGUUCAUCAAGGGCUGGCGCCCCAAGAUCUAGUGCCACGCCGGGGGGCCCCCUACGCCCACCUGGCUCCGGGUGGCCCCGCUCCCGUCCCUCUCUGAUGCUGCAGGUUCUCCUCCCCCCAUUGCCCAGCCCUCCCGCCCCUUCCCCUUUUAACACUGGACAGUAAUUUUGGCCCCAACGGGCUGGAAAACACUGGAUUUUGCGUCGACUGGUUUAACUUAAUCCUUGUGGAUUAGCAUAAUAAAUGUACGGGAGAGUAACGA